AAGACGACAGAUGUAGACAUGGCACUGUUUGGAAUGAUAACAUUUGGGUUGAUAGUAGUUUUAAUAGAUUGUCUAAAUGGACAAAUAACGUAUCCUGAACCUGUGAUGAUUAAGGCCAAGAGUAAAGCUGCUCUAAUCAAAUGCCAAACGAAUUUAGCAACGUUUACGUCCAACGCUAUCCACUGGUACAGCCUCAAGGAUCAAGCUGUCCAAAGAUUAAUGUAUGUCGAAGCUGGAUCGAAAACAUUCAAAAAAGACGAUGACCUCCGUAAAAUAAGUGGAUCGGUGAACGUUGCGGAGAAGGUGACACUGACUCUCACAAUCUCAAAACUGGAUCCCAGUGAUUCUGGCUCAUAUUACUGCGUGUACUGGAGUGGAGACAACACAAAAGAGUUCGGUACGGGUACAAGACUUUAUGUGACUGAAAAAGGAAAUGACCAAAUCAAGCCACCAAAGUUGUCUGGAUACCUACCAUCAAAAAAAGACAAACAUGGCAAACAGACAAUGUUAUGCAAGGCUAGAGGCAUGUUUCCUAACUUGGUGAAAUUUGAGUGGAAAAAAAAAGAUGGAGGACAAUGGAAUGAUCCAGGGGGAAACACUGUGGAGCAAAAUAAUGAAGGUUCAGAGGUCUCUGUGACAAGUAUGUUGAUUAUGGAUAAAGAGAAGGUCAAAAACGACGACUACAAAUGCACUGUUAUCCAUGAAGGAAAAUCUCAGGAUCUUGAAAUGAAGAUAGAAAACAGUAAGCCAGCAGAGGAAUCUAAACCUGAUAAAGCUGAUGUUCAGAUACCAGGAUGUCCUAUAUACAGCACCAAGGAGCCCAAAAUAAUGCAAAUAUCAGGAGAUUCAGAGCAAAUUCCAAGCAUGUCCCUGUUUGUCUAUGCAUAUGGAGUCAUGCUCAUGAAGAACGGUUUAUUUUUUUGCAUUGUGUCUAUAUUUCUAUUACAGAGAAAUGCUGGAAAGAAAGACAAAAAAAGCUCAGAGACUCUUUCGCUAAAUAAAGAAUAG